AAAACAAAAUCAAUGAUGGGUAAGUAUCCUUCAGCAGCAGCUUUAUUUGUCCUUAUUUCCUAGGCACCCAGGGGUGGCAGUGCAAGACAGAGCCGCUAGCGUAGCUGUGAUUUUGAGAAUGCCAGUAAUAAUAUUGUGCUUCCUAGGCUUCCAUAGUUGUGUUUUUGCAGCUCUGCCUGCCCAGCGCUCCCUCCCACUCUGGGUGUCAUUCUGCAUUCAGCACACUGAGCAGUGAGAGGCGGUGGAGAAGGCAGUGGCUUUGUGAUUUCAGUGCUUGGAGAGACUGCUGUAUCCUUGUAAGGGACUCAUUGCUUUUCUGCGCUCAAUCAUGGGAUUUACAAAGUGCCAGCCCUGUAUAUUUUUCCAAUCUUUGCCUUUUUAGCUUUUGCAUCACAAAUUAUUUUUCAUAAAACAUUUUUUAAUUAUUAUUUUUCAGGGGUGCAUCUGACUCCCUGUAGUUCGAGGCUGUGUUAGUGAGUGCACUGGGGCUGGCCGAUCGCUUUGUGGGGUUAUUUUUGUUCAUCUCCGGAUGGUUGAAGUGAAGGUCCAUUCCCUCUUCGGGGAGUCUCGGAAUUUGGAGCAGAGCGGAAGCAUCUAGAGCAUAAUCUUCAUCUUUUUUCAUCAUCACAAAGAUUGCCAUGGCUACCAGUACCACUGGCUCCACGCUGCUCCUACCCCUCAGCAGAGCGGUACAGCUGCCCAUAGAUCAGGUUAAUUUCGUAGCGUGCCAAGUCUUUGCCUUGCUUGCUGCUAUUUGGUUCCGCAUCUACCUACAUUCAAGCAAAACUAGUCCCUUAAUCCGACAUGUAGUUGCAACGCUGCUGGGCCUGUACCUUGCACUUUUUUGCUUUGGAUGGUAUGCCUUACAAUUUAUUGUGCAAAGCGGAAUCGCAUAUUACAUCAUGAUCGCCGUAGGACUGGAAAACAUGCACAAAUUCUGCUUUGUGUUUGCAUUGGGAUACCUCACUUUGUGCCAAAUUGCAAGAGUCUAUAUUUUUGACUAUGGACAGUAUUCGGCCGAUUUCUCUGGGCCAAUGAUGAUUAUGACGCAGAAAAUAACAAGCUUGGCUUUUGAGAUUCGGGAUGGAAUAUUUUGUAAAGAAGAAGAGCUAACACCAUCUCAAAGGAGACUGGCCGUUAGACGCAUGCCAAGUCUACUGGAGUAUUUAAGUUACAACUGUAAUUUCAUGGGUAUCCUGGCAGGCCCACUAUGCUCAUAUAAAGACUAUAUUGCUUUCAUUGAAGGCAGAUCAUAUCAUCUGAAACAGUUCGAAGCCAACGGGAAAGAAGACCCAAAGCACGAACAAAAAGAACCUUGUCCAAAUGCGGCUGUUAUUCAAAAAGUGGUCGUCUGUGCCGUCUCCUUAGCAUUUUACAUGACGGCCACGCGGAUAUUGCCAGUGGAAUACAACAUCGAUGAACAAUUUCAGGAGACAUCAUCUGCCCUCACAAGGAUCAUUUAUCUCUACUUGUCUUUAAUGGCUGCAAGACCAAAGUACUAUUUCGCAUGGACACUUGCUGAUGCUAUCAAUAAUGCUGCAGGGUUCGGUUUCCAUGGCUACGAUAAGAAUGGAGAAGAAAACUGGGAUUCAGUGUCGAAUUUAAAUAUUAAGCAAAUAGAGUUCUCAACUAGCUUUAAGAUGUUUAUCGAUAACUGGAACAUCCAGACGGCAGUUUGGCUCAAGAGAGUCUGUUAUGAGCGAGCCACAUACAGUGCCACUGCACAGACCUUCUUGCUGUCAGCUAUUUGGCAUGGAGUGUACCCCGGGUAUUACCUGACCUUUUUCACUGGGAGCCUGAUGACCCUGGCUGCAAGAAGGAUAAGAAACAACGUCAGGCACCAUUUUCUACACUCUUCUGAGCUCAUGUUUAUGUAUGAUGUCAUUACCUGGAUUGCAACACAAGUGGCCAUAAGCUAUACGGUGGCACCCUUUGUACUUUUGUCUGUAAAACCUUCCCUACAGUUUUAUAGCUCCUGGUACUACUGCCUCCACAUUGCCUGCAUAUUGGUGCUGCUCUCAAUGCCGGCUCGGGCAAGAAAAAAGGGCGGAGAAGAGAAGGCAACCAUCUCUCAGCCAGUGGGCCAACAGAAAACAGAAGACAAUAUCUCAGCACAGAACAGCCAUUCCAACACAAACAAUAACAGCAAUCAGAGAGAAGAGACAGCCUGGCGACGUCCCAGUGCUGCCCAAUGACAGAGGGGAUAGCCUUUUGUAUAUUUUUUAAAUUCCAUUUUUUAGAACCAACUGGUUUGUAAUUGUGCUCGGGACAUGAUGGUAUUACAAAACAUUCUAUGUAAGGAUCCAAACGCAAAGGAAGAUCGUUAACCCCGCAAUGCCAUGCCACUUAAGCCUAGCCUUACACAUACUAUUUCCAUUAUUUUAUAAUGGGCACUCAGGACUUGUAACAUGCGUUGUGUAUGUGUUCCUUCGAUGAACGUAUGUUGUCUGACGGCAUUGUAGGGGUUACACGAUAACGUCACCAAACGUAGAUCUCUAGAAAAAAUCCUGUUCAACCUUUUGCCUUAAUCCUUCUCAACUAAAUUACGAGGCGGCAUCGCUCCUGGGUACAUUUUGUCAUCUUUACAAGCGCGCCGCCGCCGAUGAUGGUAAUUUCAGCGUUCUAGAUUUGUAAAUGAAAUUAGUAAUAGAGAAAUACUUGAAGCAAAAAUAGUGGACAGCUGCAACGGGUUAAAACCGAACCAGACCUUUUUUUUUUUGUACGUUAGCAAUAUGGAAUGCUAUCUGCUGCCAUUUCAAGGGGAAAUAAUGGUUGGGGCCAUGAUAGAAAUACAUUUUAAAGGCCAGAAUUCUGCA